AUGAAGAGAAGAUUUGAUAGUAGUGCAAGUAAGAGGCGGCGGAGAAAAGAUUUGGCCGAAGAAGCUUGCACCAACUCAAAGAAAAUAUAUUCGUUUUUAAAAAAAUCACAAAACACAGUUCAAAUUGAACAAGCAAACCAAACUCAAAGUGAACAAGUUGAAACCGAAAUCUCAUUACAGGAAAAUGCAGGUGAAAAUAAAAUUGGAGAUAUGGAAACAGAAAUAACUGAUCCGAUUCAUCAAGACUCUAAUCAUCAUUUCUUAAACAAAACUCUUACAAAUGGAGAAACAUGCAUAAGAGACUGGUUGUGCUGGAGUGUUGAAAAACAAUCUUUGUAUUGUGCACCAUGUUUUCUUUUUAACAAAAAUGCUGCAAAUGUGUCAUUUUCUCUAGUUCUGCCGGAUGGGGCACCAGUAGAGAAAUCUGCUAGUAGAGCAGCACUGUGUGAAACUUCAGUGGAUAAUUUACUUUUAUCAGAACUCAAGACUGAAACUGAAAAUUGGAAAAAAUUAUUCCAACGUAUUCUAGAUGUUAUUAUUUUUCUUUCUGAACGUGGAUUAGCACUUUUUGGUUCUAACCAACGAAUAGGUGAUCAAGUGAAUGGAAAUUUUUUAGGUAUUAUUGAGCUUUUUAGCAAAUAUGACCCACUUUUAGCUGAGCAUGUUAAACAUGUUCGAGAAUCACAACAGUGUAAGCAGCGAAUGCAAGCUCAUUAUUUUUCAAUGCGAAUUCAGAGCGAAUUUAUUGAUAUUUAUGGUUCACACGUUCAAACAGCAAUCCUCCACGAAAUUGUGAAAGCAAAAUUUUUUGAUGCUACUCCAGAUUGCUCGUACAAGGAGCAAACUAUGCUCCUUGUACGAGCAAACUAUGCUCCUCUGAGAAAUCGCUGCUCGAACACUGAAAAUAUUGAAAACUUUGAAGCUGGAUUUCGAAACCUGCAUUGGUCAAGUUUAAAACAACGGUGCUAA